CACCGCAGGCUGCGCACACUUCAGCACCAUUUGGCAGAAGGGAAGCCCUGCAGAGGGUAGCACACACAGCUGGAGGGAGGACACCAGUGGGGUGCACUGCUGACAGACAAGCCAUGAUGGACCUGACUUCAGUUCUCUCCCUGGAAACCUGGGUCCUCCUGGCAAUCAGUCUGGUGCUUUUAUACCGAUUCGGGACCCAUAAGCAUGAUAUCUUUAAGAAACAGGGAAUUCCUGGGCCCAAGCCUCUGCCAUUUGUAGGAACUCUGCUGAAUUACUACAAGGGUGUAUGGAAAUUUGAUAUCGAGUGCUAUAAAAAGUAUGGGAAAAUAUGGGGGUGAGUAUUCUGGAAAGUUCCAUGGAGUUGAUCUUUUUAGGAGGAUGUGCUCUACAUGUGCAAGGACAAUGCCAGCCCAGGACUGUAGUCAUGCACCUCUCUGUUGUAAGGGUGAUGCCAUGUGUCAUUAAGUGCCAUGGCUCCCAAGUCUAACUAUCUUGAGAACAUUGUACACUGUGGCUUUUUGACAGGUUUUGGUGUUCCAUAGACUCUGGGCCUUGUGUUUUGCUGCUUUGCUUUGUUUUUGAGACAU